GAUUCUAUGAUAUUACAAUAUAAUAAUUACAAAUUUAUAAAUAUAAAUUAAUCAGCGUCCAGUGACCACCACGAAUUAAGAUAUUAAGAUAGAUAUAUAUUAAUUUGUGGUCACCACUUACCAGUGUCCAGUAGUGGCAGUAGACUGCCAGUAGUCCAGUUCACUUCACGUAUUUCGUACGGUCAAAUCAAGUUAAUCGUCGCUUUUAAUAUUAAUAUAUCAUAUAUGCGUCAAAUUGUUUACCUUUACUCGGAUAAAAUCGGAAAUCAUGGGCUCCAUGUCUCCAUCCACAGUAGUUUUUUAGUCAUGGUCAUGGAUAAAUGCAGAUCGACACAACUACACGAGUUUGAAACGUACAACAAUUAAUAUUAAUGUUCUUAACGUGAUUUUGUUGUUCUCGUUAACAAACGGACAAUGGCUCAGCAGUUGUCUGGUGUCACUGUGGUGAUAUUUAUAGCUGGUGGUAUAUUGACGUUUAUAUUACUGUUCAUAUUCGCCAAGAGGCAGAUCAUGAGAUUUGCUCUUCGAUCGAGGAGAGGCCCGCACGUGCCGAUUGGGCAUGAUGGGAAGAAAACACUGAAAAGAGAAAUUGAACGACGAAUAGAAGUGGUUCCAAAAAUUGCUUUUGAACCAAAAUUAAUGACAAUUGAUCAAGACGAUGACCUUUCAAAAUAUAUAUUACCGCCACCUGAAUCUAACAACAAACCAUUGCUGUCACACCAUUAUCGUAUGAAAGCAGUUGAUGAUGUCAAAAAGUUAGAACGCGAAAUCACUAAACAAGAUAAAACAUUGACUCGCCAUCCAAGCGAAAACAUUCGUUCAUUUUUACUAAAUACAUUAGCAGUACUUUUAGAUGGUAGUGGACAGCACAUAGUUCAUCAAUUCUGCGAUCUCUAUGAACAUGCUCGUUAUGAUCCAAAUGAAUUCUUGGAUGAAGAAUACCAAUCAUUCAUAAGAUUAAUGAAGAAACUAAUUGAUAUAGCAAAAUUAUUGAAAUCGUAUUCUGGUGAAAGUCGAAAAAAUAGUCCCAAUAAAACUCCCACUCGUAACAACAAUAUGCGAACUGGUACUAAUGAAAGUCUUAGAACAAAAGACAGAGAUUCAAAUCUCUUAAAAGUUUUAUAAGAACUGAGAAGUAAGUAUUUUUUUACCAUAAAUUAAUUGGAGUAAAAUCAAUUUCUAUUGUAUGUAACUAAUAUUAAUUAAAACUAGUUUUUAUCUGGUGAAUAUAGAUUGUAUUUUAUAUUAGUGUAAAAAUAUGUAAUAUAUAUUUCUUUUUUAAUUUAAUA